AUGGAGACUCACACCUAUUCGGUUGUGGUGCCAGACACCAUAAGGUCCAACAUCAAUUACAACGUUGUUGUUACCCUGCAUAAUGCAGAUGGACCUAGUCUCAUCAGGGCCACUUUAAGUGGACCCUCCUAUAAAAUUAAGGAAGUCCAGCUUCAGCCCAUGUCCACGCAAAUAAUUGCCUUUCCCGUCCCGAAACUUACCGGCGGAAAUUACCAGCUCACGGCUGAGGGCCUCCGGGGCAUCGUUUUUAAAAAAUCCACCCAGCUUAAGUACGUCGAGGAUGCCACCUCCAUAUACAUCCAAACUGACAAGGCCACCUACAAGCCCGCGGAUCUCGUGCAGUUCCGAGUGCUCUUCCUUGAUAGAAACACCCAACCUGCCAGGAUCUACAAGCCCAUACAGAUUGAGAUCCACGAUGGAGCACAGAACCGGAUAACCCAGAUCGUCGAUGUUAUGCCGAUCAAGGGAGUUUACUCCGGAGAGCUUCGGCUGUCUGAUAAGCCAGUGCUGGGCAACUGGACGAUUGCCGUCUCGAUGCAGGACGAGGGCAGUGAGUCAAAAGUCUUCGUGGUAGACAAGUACGUAUUGCCCAAGUUCGAGGUAUCCGUGCACACAGCCAACGACGUUCUGGCCAACGCAGGAAGCGUCAGAGCGACGAUCAGGGCUAGGUACACCUUCGGAAAGCCGGUCAAGGGCAAGGUCACUGUAUCGAUUGAGGGCAAAGCGCAGGAGCGGACCAUCGACAUUGACGGCCAGGUCAAUGUUGAGCUCCCCUUCGCGGACACCGACCCGUCUCCCCUGAAAAUUAUCGCCACAGUGACCGAGGAUCUAACAGACCUCCGGCAUAGCGGCUCCAACUAUGUAACCCUUCACCAGCAUCGUUACCGGCUGGAGUCCGCCUUUUGGCCAAAGAGAUUUAGGGCGGGAAAGGUCUCCCAAUUUCCCAUUAUUGUCAGAAAUCUAGACGGCUCUCCCAUCAGCUCCUCGUCUGAGCAGGUACAUUUCACGUUCGAAUGCUGUGGAACCUCGCGAAGUUUCUCAGUCCCAGUGAACGAGGCAGGUAUCGCCAUUGCAAAGACAAUGCUGCCGGAUAUAUUAUGUGGAAGCUUCCAUGUGACUGUUACAUUUAAGGACGCUAAGGAUCACAUACAAACUAUUUCGAGGCUUGACAAAUCACUAAAGAUCGAGCUGAACACAGUCAGUCCCAGGCUGAAGAAACUUGUCUCAUUUGAUGUCGUUUCGACCGGUGACCUUCCGUACUUCAUGUUCACUAUCGUCGCUCGCGGCAACAUCUUAUUUCAUCAGUAUGUGUCUGUGAAGCCCGGACAAAUGAGUCGAAACGUUAAGUUCAUGCCCACCUUCGAUAUGGUUCCUCAAGCCACGAUUUACGUACACUACGUAGAAGAUGGAGUCAUGCGCUCCGACGAACUGAAGAUCGACUUUGAGAAGGAUUUCGGCAACUCGAUUGAAAUUAAUGCGCAGGAAAGUGCUGAACCCAGCGAAACAGUUAAUCUGAGAGUGAAGACCGAUCCCCACUCCUUCGUGGGGCUACUGGGCGUCGACCAGAGUGUGCUGCUUCUGAGGUCCGGUAACGACCUUAGCCGUGACCAAAUCUUUAACGAUCUUGGCAAGUUUGCAACUCCCGGGCUGGUGACCCUAACCAAUGCCCAAAUAGACAACGAUGAACAGUGGGAUCAGGGAACCUGUGAAAACGGGCUAUAUACCCCUCGUCAUGUUAGAGGAAAGAAUACAUCAGGUCCACACCCUGCUCCUGUGGCCACUGUCCAAACAACCGAACAGGAGAAACAACCUCCGAUUCGUAAGGAGUUUCCAGAGACCUGGUUGUUUUCAAAUAUAGCCGACUUUGAUUCUAAUUAUGGAAACCUGACGGCGAAGAUUCCAGAUACUAUUACCUCGUGGGUCAUCACUGGAUUUUCCCUGAAUCCCAUUUCCGGCAUUGCGUUAACCAACAGCCCAACCAGAAUCCGUGUCUUCAAGCCGUUUUUUAUUUCAACUAACCUACCAUACUCUGUAAAACGAGGUGAAAUAAUUGCCAUUCCUGUGGUGGUGUUCAACUUCAUGGAUGAACCAGUACUGGCGACCGUGACGAUGGACAACUCCGAGCAGAAGUAUGAGUUCACUGAAGCCGUUAAUGCCAAUUCUGUGAAGGCCAUGCAACUAAACAAAAGACUCAAACGGGUCACCAUUCCCGCCAACAGUGGCAGGAGCUUCUCGUUUAUGAUCCGUCCCAAGAAGGUAGGACUGAUCUCCUUGAAGAUCACCGCCAUUUCCCCGCUGGCCUUUGACUCCAUCGAGCAGAUGUUGAAGGUGGAGCCUGAUGGCGUGACUAAGUACGUCAACCGACCCGUCCUCGUCAACCUGAACCGCAACAGUCGAUUACACCGACGGAGCCUGGAGGCCCCAGAGAAGACUCUGGAAGUGGAGUUACCACCAGAAGCUGUGGAGGACUCUGAGGUUGUAUUAUUAAAUGUAGGUGGUGAUAUCCAGGCACCUGUUCUUGACAACCUACAUGGAUUGGUGCGUUUGCCCACCGGUUGUGGAGAGCAAAACAUGAUAAACUUUGUGCCCAACGUCCUGGUGCUCCGCCUCCUAGACGCCACCAACCGCAACGAACCGGAGACAGCCGCUAAAGCCAAAGACUUUUUGAAUAUUGGCUAUCAGCGACAGCUGACCUUCAAGAAAAAUGAUGGCUCUUUUCGAACAUUUGAAAGUUGCCAGAUAGGCAGCACCUGGCUCACGGCAUUUGUGUUGCGAUCUUUUCACCAGGCCAAUAAAUACACUGUCGUCGAGCCUAGAAUCCUGACUGCUGGACUCGACUUUCUUGCGGCCAGGCAGCUUGCGAGCGGCGAGUUCGAGGAAGAAGGCACUCUAUACGAUAAUAAUUAUGGGAGUAAAUGGGCGCUUACAUCUUUCGUGUUGCUGGCAUUUUUAGAGAAUCAGGAACAUAUCCCAGCAUACAGAAAUGUAAUUGACAAAGCCGUACAAUUUAUAGCCGCAGAUGUGGAGACAUCAGGUGAUCUUUAUAGUCUGGCCUUAGCUGCUCUGGCUCUGCAACAGGCAGACCACAACAAGGGCAACACUCUUUUGACUAGGCUGGACGGCAUGGCCAGGAAGGAGAACGGCCUUCAGUGGUGGGAAAUGUCCCCCAACAGCAAAAGCAAGAACGUUGAAAUCACAUCCUACAUCCUGCUCGCCAUGCUGGAGAAAGGCAUGGCGGUAGAUCCCAUGCCCGUUGUCCAGUGGCUGAUUGCGCAGCGUAACAGUAACGGAGGCUUUGAGUCCUCCCAGGACACGAUAAUGGGUCUGCAGGCCCUAACCAAGUUCUCUUUACAAGCCAGAUCACCCGUUGGACAGAUGGAUAUUUUCUUGCGCCCCGAGCACGCUGCCAGGUCCAUUGUCCAGGUCAGGCCAGAGAAUGCACUGAAGCUACAGACCCGCGAGGUGCCAAAAUCGACUCGCAAGGUGCAGUUCUCGGCCCGAGGCUACGGAUCAGCCCUUGUCCAGCUCGCGUACCAGUACAACGUGGCCACCAAGGACCCGGAGCCCAGCUUCCGCAUCAGACCCACGGUAAUGGACUCACCGAGGAACCGUCUGGUGCUGAACAUCUGCGCCGAAUACACCCCCAGAGAAGCGUCGGGGAGGAGGAAGCCAUCCAACAUGGCUCUCAUGGAGGUCCAGCUGCCUUCCGGUUACGUAGCCGAUGCCAAGGCCCUCGCCAAGAUCCAGUCGACUCCCAGCGUGAGGCUCGUGGAGACGAAGAACGCCGACUCGCAUGUGUUUAUAUACUUUGAGCGCCUGACCCUCGACCCCAAAUGCCUUACUGUCGAAGCAGCCAGGACUCACGACGUGGCCAGGCAGAGGCCGGCAUAUGUCGUUCUCUACGACUAUUACGCCCCAGAGCGCAAGUGCACCGAGUACUACCAGGUGCAAUCAUCACUCUGCGACAUCUGCCAGGGUUCCCAGUGCGGACCGGGAUGCUGA